UUUUUAUUUAACGCCAGUUAGUUGAGUCCCGCCUUCUUCAACAUUUUAGGCAUUUAGACACAUUCUGAUCGGUGCAAGCUUUCCAAAAUGCGGAAGAACCAAAUGAGCUAGAUCCGAUCUCAUUUCUCCAUCACGACCUCCAGAGACCAUGGAUUACAGGAUGUUUCCACCGUCAGUAAGUCGGAACAACCACCAAGCAGCUAGAUAUCGAUCUUAUUUCUCCAUCGGCACUUAUUGAGACGGUCGAUUAUAUGGAUAUAACCACCGCCAGCAAGUCAGAAAAAACCAUCAGGCAGCUAGAUCCGCAUCUCACUGGUUGCACUCUUCGCCACAGCUCCAAACAAUGAUAAGCAGCAGAUUGUAUCCUUCCAUGUUUGAUGAAUUGUGUCAGCUCGUGUGUGAAGAUCCAUUAACAUAAUUGUCUAUUGCACUUAUUGUCUGAGUUUGCCUAUACUCCCCAGCUGAAGUUAACAAUGUCAGGAACAGAUAGAACUGCACAACCAAGCAACGCAGUGUACCCAAAGGAGAAAUGGGUCCCACUGUACGACAACAACUUCCAACUGGACCUAAAGCUGUUCAAAUGCCAGGAUCCAGUAAUAUUAUCAAUCCUACAGAAGCAUUACCUCUGGUCUGCAUUUAAUGAAGCCAAACCAGUGCCAGAGGUGUAUCUACAACAGUUCUGGGGCCUGAUGCACACAGCCUCAGAGAAGGACAGGUCGAAAAUAAUGACCAAACUGAAUGACGUGCGAGUGGUGCUGACACCAUCAACAAUCAGGGAGACACUGAAGCUCCCAGUGCUCAAACACUACGCACCACUCCCCUCAAACGAAGAGCUGAUAAAGGGGAUGAAGGAUCUAGGCUAUGACAGUCCGCUGCCCUUGCUGUCAAAUUUCACUAUCUCCAACCUGCCCCACCCAUGGAAGAGUCUGUUCGGCCUUGUGAACAAGUGCCUAUCUCCAAAGCACGCCGGACAUGACAAGUGCAACAAGCAGAUCCUACAAAUCUUCCAUGGGAUCGCGUUUGACAAACAGUAUGAUAUGGCCCAGCUCUUCUGGACAGAGCUGAUGGAUCAGGUCAAAAUGAAGGAGAAUCAUAAGGGCAACACAAUUCCUUACGCUCGGUGGCUGGCGCUGAUCAUCCACGACAUUAUGGAAGCCACCCCGACAAUGCCAAAGCGUAAGGAGGACAAGCAUUUCACUGCGCCCAAGCUCAAGUACUUUCAGAGAGACAGCAAUAAAGCUGAAGCACUGCCUAUUCCGGACUCCCUGCUUGACCUAGCAAACCCAAGGGAUAAGGCAGUCAUUGACUACAAAGAGUCGUUGAAGAGAACGGUUCCUAUGGUUUAGCAAAACCCAGCUGGACCUUCCCCGGGAACCAAGCCGAGAGCGAGUGAGGGUAAGAAUAAGAGAGCCCCGCCACAGAAACCAGUGGCAACCCGGCCUAAUGAUGAUCAGUCUGGUAACUCUUCCGAGAGGACCCAGACUGCUGAGGGCCACCCUAUCAAUGCUGAGGACACUGCCGAUGAACCAUCAAGCCAGGCCCCUUCUAAUAAGGCUGGUGGUGAGGCCUCCGAUAGCAUGGCCAAGGGAAAGGAGAGGAAUGAUGAUGAUGAUGAUGCAGAUGAUGAUGAUGAUGACAUGGAGGGAGUCCUGAUCAGCAACAGGAAAAGAGCCGGAAAGAGAGCCAUUCCGAUAGACUCCGACUCCUCAUCGGACAAUGAAGAGGCUGCUCACAUGUCCCGACCACUUAAGGGCAUUGUCAUCAGUGAGCAGCACUCCAAACACAACAGCGACAAAUCUGCAUCAUCACAGCCUAAGAAGAGGCUCAGAAAGAAAAGUGCAGUGGAGGAGGAGCUGGCACUAUACGAUGACUGCGACACCUUUGUCACCAUAGACCGAACCACGCCCCUAGGAGCAGGAGCUGACUUUGUCAGUUCCCGGGUAGAAGUCGCAGCAUCUGGUUCAACUGCGCAUGCACAGCCAUCUCCCAUCCACUCUCCAGCCUCUCAACAGGCUGGAGUUUCAAUAACUCAAGGGGAAUUCAUACCGACCUCACUGGUUCCUUCCGAAUCAGUUGAGAGACUUAGUGGUCAACAGCCCCGGACCACUACCCCCAUUCGUUCUAUCACAUCGAGUCUAGGUGUCACCAUUCCUACAUUUUUGAAUUUUUCUAGGACACCUACACUAUUCACUACACAUACAGGUGCACUCACCCUGAAUGCAACGACCGGAGUGCAAACUAUGAUGGUCGGAAGCCCUGCUAUGCCAACAAUGCCUCAAUCAUUGAACGCAGGCCACACAUCAGCUAUCUUCACUGAUGCUGUGACAACAGUUACAACCCCUGUAACUGGUGCCAUUAUCCCCGAAGACAUCCUCGUAUAUCUGAACAGCUUUCUAGAGUCUACCAUUAAGCCAUGGGUGCAUGAAGCAAUAACCGCUAAUGCACAAGACUCUGGAAGUACCCCAGUUGUUCAGAAUAUACCAUCCAAACCCCAGACAACACAGCCCCCAACCAUUUCCAUACCUGUUUCCAAACCCUUAGCCAUAGAAAACCAACAACCAUCCACAUCAAGGGGAACCCAGGAUACAGAACUAGUAUUCUCCCCUACAACGACCAAACCCAACCUAACAAUUGUACCCUUCGAGGAUCUUGUAGCUGAGAUCUACGACCGUAUACUAGACGUGGAAGAAGGCAACCUCACCCCUCUUCAAAAAGCCCUUCUCCAUGCUCUAGAUACACAGAACACAUGCCGUGACAGUCUCCGUGGCGCUAAACGUUCACAUGAGGAUCCUGAUGAUUCGGAUUCUCAUGAGGGGGAGAACAAGCGCCCGCGGAUACUUGAGCAUGUUGCUUCUACUAGCCAACCCUCAAAGCCAAAUCAACCCUCCACUUCUACCAAUGAGCAACCCACUACUUCAGCCAGCCAUAAAUCCCUAGCCACUCUCUCUAGCAUGGUCGAGCUAGACAUAACAUCCCGAGGUGCAUCUCCUAUAGAUGUUAACUAAGGACGGAAUGGAAGUCCUGAUGAUGCUACCAUGAGUACAUCUUCCUACUCAGGCCAUCAGUUAGAACCUAGUUCGAAACUGAUGUCAACGGGCAAUCCUGAGGAUCCCGAUGUUUCACUUUCUCAGCCAAGGGAGGAUUGGCCGCAUGUAACGAAGUAUAGAGGUCUGGUCUCUGCGCAAGAGCAUCGUGUUGAGAUAAUUGAGGAUCCCUGCAAGUCUCACCAGGAUCCCGAUGCUACGCCAGACGUGUCGCCACAGCAGCAACAGGCUUCCUCUAGCUACUACAAUGAUCAAAUGCAUGAUGAACUUGAGGAAAUGCUGGUGCAUAACAAAUGGUCUGAACUCUGGACAGAUGUAGAUGAAGCACAGCGAAGAACAUACCUCAGAGAUCUCUUAGUCAACUGUGCUACUGACGUGAUUCUACUUGAUCAAAACGAACUCAAGGAGGGAGAAAACUACGAGACACCACCCAAGGAGCUUGAGUCGAUCAUUAGACAAACAGCGGCUCAAAUGCCCAGAAAUGAGAAGCCCUGGGAAAAGAUCGACAUCAACGCCCCCUUUCAAGAAGAAAUCAGAGAAAACAUCUGGCGAAAAGAGGAUAAGGCCAGAGAACUGGAUGAACUGAAGAUAUGUGGUCUUAACCAUCUACGAGGACAAAACAAGGGCGGACAGCUAUUUCUACUCAGUCAUCACUAUAUGGGACAACAGAGAGAAGUCUGGCAACACGAACUUCAAACUGCCAAAGACCCAGUCUGGGCUAUUCUCAACGUGGGUGAAACAAACUCCCAAGACAUCAAACUCUCUGUCUACCAUCUACAACGGUCUGACGGAACAGAAUUCACGUGUAAGGAAAAUGAUCUCUAUAUGCUAAAAAUGGAUGACAUAUAUCAGAUGUAUCUUGCAUUUCAAGAAAUUCCGGGCACUCGUGACACAACUACACAAAAUGGGCUGGAUGCACUCAAGCGCUUUAUGCUCAGACAAAUCAAAUUCUUUGCCUCUCAUGAUCUUCAGAUGGCGCUUGAAACAAACAUGCCGAAGACAAAUCUCACAAAACCAAAGCUGUAUGGACAAGAACUUGAGGACUUCCCUGAGUAUUACAUUUUUGAUAGACCAAUCACGCUUAUCUAUCUAAAUCAUAAUGGUGAGAAACGUAUGCUAUUCAUUGAUGAAAUCAACAAGUACUGUGACGGAACCCUGAAGAUUGUGAAGGAAAAGCUGCAACCGAUCAGAGAAGCAUUCAAAGAAAGACAGCAACAGUAUGCAGAUGCGACAGAUGCCGAAUUAAAGGAAGCACACAGGAUAGACAGAAUUCUACAGGCUAUCCAGAAACAACUUGAUAAAAGAAAUUCACUCAGGAGCUAUGAGCACGCGCUAAACCUCAGAAAGAACUAUUACAAAGCUCAGAAGUGAAGAAACCCAGCAAGACGGCACUUGACCACUGAUAAGUCCAUUUUUGUACUUAUUUUUCUUAUCAAAUUUAAGCGAUUUUUGAAUGAAAAUAGAAAGAAAAGACACAUUUUAUAUAUUUUGGUUCAAGUUUCAUGAAAUCAGGUAAAAAUCACAUCCAUAAUAUGUUUAGCGGGAUUUCGGGUCAAUUGAGCACAAAAUGAGUCAAUUUGAGUGACAAAUACAUUUAUACCGGAAAAAGCAAGCAUUUUAUCAAGGUGAUUCAGAAGACAAAAAUGAAGAGCAGGAAAAGCCGCAUCUGCCAGACAAAAGUGGCAGAAGGCGCCCAAAUAGGCGCCCAAAAUGGAGGCCUUCGCGGCCGCCUACGGGAAAAAUCAGAAGUCAACCUCGCUUUGACUCGAGACCAGAAAAAGACCGAAGGCUGCCGACACUGGGCAGAAGGCGGCCGCCUACGGUGGCCGCCUGCGGCACAAGGGGACAAAACCAACCACCGGUCGGCCAGACAGGACGGCAGGCGGCCAGACAGGACGGCAGGCGGCCGCCUGUUGGACCGCCUGCGGCGGCCGGGAUCCGCCGGGAUCCGCCGGGAUCCGAUCUGCCAACGAAAAGACGGCAGGCGGCCAUUUGUGACGGAAGGCGGCCGCCCUCUGUGGCCGCCUACGGCUGACGAGACCGGCCACGAUCCGCUGUCGGCGAUGGGACGGAAGGCGGCCAAAAUGAGACCAAAGGCGGCCGCCUGGUUGGCCGCCUACGGAAGGCGGCCAGAUUCCGACGGAAGGCGGCCGCCGUCUUGGGCGCCUUCGGUGAAAUUUCUGCUAUAAAUAGCAGGCUUUUUCCCCAUCUCAAACACACCAAUUUCAAGCCCAAAUCAGAUCAAAAAGGGCGUCUUCUUCCUCCUCAAAGCUCGGAUUUCCACCAUUGUUGCACCUUCAACUUCAAUCUUUCAUAUCUUUCUCAUUUUAGCUCCAAAUUGUGAGUUCUUUAUAUGUAUUUUCAUCCUUUCAAUGAGUAGAAUCUGAAUCUGUACUUAGUUUUUUUUAUCUGUGCUUCUAAAAUUUCCAGAAAAUUAUUCAACUAUUUCGCAUUUUCGUCUUAAAUUUGAAUAAAAUAGUUGUUGACAUUAAAUCCAUUCAAAUUAAUUAUAUAGUUUUUUACUAGCCCCAAGGUAGUUAUUUAUCAAAACAAAGUUACUUUUUAUGAAGUAGAAGUAAAUUUUAAUUAAUUCCGGCAUUUAGUGGUUAUUAUUGCAUAAAUUAAAUUAAAUACUCAAAAAAGGAAAAAAAAUUAGUUUCUGUCCUAAUUUCAGUUAAAUUCACAGUAAUAUCACUCCUAGUAUUCAAUAUAAAAUUUAGAACGAAUUUAGAAUAUUUGUAGUUGUUUUUUUGUAUUUUCU